UCGUGAAAAUGUAUAUGCCUUGCAAGGCUAGCUCUCUCAGUAUGUACUGCAAUGUAGUAUCGUUCCUUCUUACCGGCCACAACUGACAAGGAGUAGUUUUGAGAACCUUUCUGUUGGCUUCAAGACCGUACAGAACGACUGGGACGUACAUUUCCCGGAGACGUACCCGGCAAACAUGAAAAGAAGUCGCGGUGUGACGACGCUUCGCCCGCCGGUACGAGGUUCAGCAACACGACGUCAAGCAUGAAUGCUGAGAAAGUAGAGAUCUGCGGAUGACAGGCGAGCAUAAUGGGUUCUGGGGCUUCAACAGGUUCCAAAGAGAAGGAGUCCAAAGAGUCGGAGGCCAGGGCUGCUGACCAGAAGGCGACGGACGAAAGGAAAAAGCUAAUAGAGGCUGUGACGUCACGAAAUGUACAGGACACCCAUCACUGGAUCAAAUGCCUGAAAAAUGUCAACUUCUACGAUCCAUUUGGGAAAACACCGCUACAUCGGGCGGCCUUUCUUGGGGAUUUCGAGAUUGUGGACCUACUGAUCAGAGCUGGGGCGGACGUCAACAUGCUUGCUAACAGCAGUUUACCGCAAGUUCGGUCGCGGAGCGCAUUGCAUGAAGCCUCCGAGAGGGGCGAGAAGGAUCAUCGUCGUAUCAUUCAACGUCUGGUGCAAGUUGGUGUGAACAUUGGAAGCAAAGACGGUAGAGGGAAAACUGCAUUAGACAUCAUGUCUGAACGAGGGCACAAGGCCGCUGUCCAUUGUCUACUUGAUGCCGGUGUUGAUAAGCAACGUGACUCGGAGGAGGAUCUCCUUCAACUCUCUACGAACAUCAGGCUCUACCAGCCGGAGGGCCAGAAAUGGCACGUCGUCCCUCCGAAAAUCGUCAACCCUAACAACGUUACGCUAAAACUUCACGAAGAAGACCAUCUUGUCAGCAACAUUUUCGACUUCAGCCACAUUGAAGGGGAGCUAUCGCCCGAUCAGGUGUGCAUCGUGAAGUUACCACAUGACCAGGAGAUUCCUGAUGAGUCACGGAGGCUCGUGGCAGUGGCGAGCAAGCAUUUGAUUGGACUUCCGACCUGGGAAUUCUUUUACAAAUCCCUGGAUCUCCAGCCGUAUGUUGUGGCAGAGGUUGCGCAGUUGUCGUGGUUCGCCGUUCUGUCCAGACCGCUGACGGACUCGUUCUCAGUCGGUUCUUCGGGUGGCGAACUGACGUCGACUGCUGAUCCAAGAGCGUCUCUCAAGAUACCGGAGAACACUUCCUCUGACAUGACAGUAGUCCUCGAGAUUCUCCCUGUAGAUGAGAAAACCACAAAAAGGGCCCAGAAGCACGAGGAUGAAUGUAAGAUUGUACAGUCCGCUGGAUCUGUCGUGCGAAUCAAAGUAAUCGGACCAGAAGGCAAGGAGGAGGACAUGGAACCAAGUCGCCCAAUGGCACUACAGCUUCCAGCUCCAAAGCUACUGCACGGAGAAAGUGAAGUUGACGAAAAUGAACUGAGAAUUCUGCAGGACAAACAAGAUAACGAAUGGUGGGACGUUACAGAAGACAUUAAACACAGACUGGUCAACGACAGAGUCAAAUGUGAACUGAAGAAGUUAGAAAAGGCUGGGUACAUCACAACCUAUGCCAAAGACCUCGAAGGAUUGGCAGCAGCUUUUGGUACAGUUUUCAUGCACAGGUACAUCUUCAAUGUCAACAUGCUGAUAUUCUACAACGAUAAAAACCCUGAUGACGUCCGACUUUAUGUUGGAUGUUGUCUCAGCGACGAUACACGUGGUGAGACGAAUGAUCUCAAGGAUGAUGGAUACAAGAUGUGUCAACGACCUAGCGAAGACAUAUUCAUCCGGGUAGGACAGAGGUUUUACAUAGAAUUCUCUGGUAACGUGCAACCCCGCGAUGAGGAAGGAAUAGAGGACAGUCUGUGGUUUACCUUUCAUCCGAGGAAAAGAAGAAACCACAUCGAAACCAGUGUUAAAGUUCUGGACACCAGCCAAGACCCAAGAACAAACGUACACUUUAAGUGGCCUAGUCAGGGGGGCCAAGGCCAGGCAGCAAGUGGAGACACAAAGCCCAACAUGACGAAGGCAGAAACCGAUGAAUGCUUCCUAACUAUGCAAGUCUGUUUGCCACGUGAGACACCAGGAACUUCGAGGUCUUCAAAAACAAAGCCGGAUCCACCAACUGGAGUCAAAGUUACGCCCGAGUCUUCCAAGUCGCUGACCGUAUCUUGGACGCCAGGGUCCGACGGAGGCUGCCAGCAGCAUUUUCAGAUCACCUUCUGUCAGAAGGGUAGCAGCAUCUUUGCUGCCCCAGAUCUGGUGAAAACCCCGGGCGUCACAAGCCAUGAGAUCACCGGUCUGCAGGCGAGCACUACCUACGAGGUGAAAGUCUGUGGAGUGAACGACUUGGGACCGGGGGAGGACCAAAAAGCAGAAGGAACAACGCAAGCUGGCCCAACAAUGUCGAAAAACAAUCAAGAUAUUCUAAGCAGAAACCAAGACGAAGUUGUGCAAAAAAUGCAACCAGAAGAAGUGAUCGACUACCUCAUUCAACAUCACGUUAUCACUGCCAAGGAAGCGACAGAAAUCCGCAACAGCCAUUCUAGCCGUGAUCCGAUAGUGGCGAACGUGCUCGACCUUCUACCGUUCAAAGGAGACCGGGGAUUCACUGUGUUACUGGCAGCUCUCGAUGAUACGAACCAGCCGUACCUUGCUGCACUGCUGCGUGGAGCAGAGAAACCAGACCCACCCACAAAGAUCACAGUAUUUGCUCGCCACGUCUCUUUGGACAUCUCCUGGACGCCUGGAAAGGAUGGAGGAUCCGAGCAGCAUUUUGAAAUCGCUUACCACAGAAAGGACCAGGCUAGUGCCACCACUGCAUCAUCGCCCAUUGCAGUAAAGGCUGGCGCUACGAGUCAUCGCAUCGACGGCUUACAGCCAAAGACAACUUACACCGUUAAAGUCAGGGGAGUGAACGUGAUGGGACAGGGGCUGUACCAGGAAACGGAAGUGACAACACGAGCUGAGCCAACAAUGUCCAAGCAAUGUCAGCAGAUUCUGGACAAGCACAGCGCUGCCAUUGUGGACCGGAUGCAGCCCCAGAAUGUGGUGGACUACCUCAUUCAAAGGAACGCUAUCGAGGCCACUGAGAAACAGAGCAUGGAAAACAUCGACAAGUCGAGCAAAGGGGUUGUCCGCCGCUUACUUGAAUGUCUACCUUACCACGGCGACAAGGCGUUCAACGGGCUGUUAAGCUUCCUGGAGGAGACAAAGCAGAAUUACCUUAGUGCCUUGCUUCGUGGUGUUGAGAAGCCAGGCCCUCCCACUGACGUAGUGGUCACGUGUGUCUCCCAUGAGUCCUUGCACGUGAGCUGGACACCUGGCCCUGACGGAGGUUCCACUCAGUGCUUCGAGAUUGUUUACCAGAAGAAAGAACAUGGCGCUGCUCUCACGACAGUGCCAUCACACACCGCUCAGGUGAAGGAAGAGGGCGUCACAGAGUUCCUGAUAGACGGACUGGAACCGAGCACAGUUUACGUCGUCAAAGUCAGGGGAGUAAACGUACUGGGACCAGGGGAGUUCCAGUCUCAAGACGCAGAAGCAGCUACAAAAGCCGGGCCGAAUAUGUCCAUGGAGUAUCAGGAUCUGCUGAAGAAAUCGCGCAGUGAGGCAGCGGAGACCAUGUCACCAGAAGGUGUCAUAUCCAACCUCAUCAGCGCCGGCGUUCUUGAAGAAGCAGAAGACAAGAUGAUGCGGGGCUCCCGCACGUCAGCCAGUGAAAUCACCUGCGCCCUGCUGGACCUGCUACCGUACAAGGGUGAUGAGGGAUACAGGGUGUUGCUGACGGCACUUGAAGCGACAAAUCAAAAUUACCUUGCCGCUGUCUUUCAGGGGAAAGAAAUACCGUCGCCUCCGACAGACGUGACCCUCAUAUCUACCUGCUAUGACUCGCUGAACGUCAGCUGGACACCGGGGUAUGACGGAGGCUGCGAGCAGUACUUUGAGAUCACGUAUCGCGACAAGGACCGAGAUGGCGACUUCAUCACACCACCAAUCGAAGUCAAGAUAUCAAACGUCAACACCUAUCUCAUCGAGGACUUGCAAGAGAGUACAACGUAUGUUGUCAAAGUAAGGGGAGUGAACGAGCUAGGACCUGGGGAGUACCAAACCCCGGAGGCCGAGGAAAUCACAAGAGGGGCUCCUUCUCAUCCAGACUUGCUCAACGUCAAGAAGAAGACAGACACAUCCCUGACUAUGUCAUGGAAACCAGGGCGCAUCGACGAAGGCGAUCCCUGGGAGGACUACUUCCUGCAGUACAAAGAAAAAUCACAAGGAGCGAACUUUCCCUACCUGGCGCCGAUACGUGUGACGCCACAGCUCGCUACGGAGUACACGAUCGGCGGCCUGCAGCCUGAUACUACCUACAGCAUCAAGCUGUACGCAAAGAGUGCGACCAAGACCUCGAAAUCUGUGAUAUUGGCAGGGGUCACAAACCCUUUGCCUUCCUGAAUUUGUGCGAAAUUGCAGGAUAUUGUGGUCAGUUCUGAUCUAUAUUGCUUUAAAAUGUACAUGAAAUCCACACGUUUCAUCUGAUAAAAAAUCAUCGCCACUUACAGAUCUACUUGAAUAUUUGGUAUUACUCAGCAGAAAGUAGAUAUGUUUCUGAGUAAAAUAUCUAUUCAACACAUCACAGAAAUUCAAUGUUGCUAAAAAUCUCCUGAUCAACUUGGAACGUCUUGCUUUGCUUUCAAAAUGAACGAACAUGUCCUAAGUACUCCAGUCGUCCACUAUUUAACGUUGUUUAUUGCAACUCUUUAUCUCCUACGUUAUAAGGUAACCCCCAUUUCCAGCCUUUUCAUAACGUUUGUAAUGGUUAAACCCAAGGUUAACCUUAUGCGGUAUUGUCAUUCUUGUCACGCAGAGACGCAAUGUAUGGAUCACAGAAGUCACUAUCUACGUUUCCAACUGGAACAGGAAAUUGUGUCUUAGCGUAACAGAUAACUAUUGACAUUUUAUCUCGUCCUGGAAGACAGUGACAAGUGAUAGCCUGUACAGGAAAACGAUAUUACACAUACGUCUUCACGUGUUUUAUUGUGUAUUACAGAAAGUCUCAUAUUGAGACGGCUUCUGUAACUUGAUGAUCUUUGUCUUCGCAUUUUUCACCCAAAAUUACCUUUGUUGGUAAAAUCACGUGAA